ACAGCAGUAACCGCUGUCUCUGCCUCUAAUCAGGGCUUCCAGGGCAGCGGCUGAGGAGACUUUACCAAGGAGCACCACGCAGUAGAUGCUGAGACAUUGCCCCCAGGAGAAGAAGCAGUAACAUGGCAGCACCUGUUUGAAAGGAAUUAAAAAGCAGCAGACUCCCUUUAGAAAGGAACAAUGUCCAAGAAAGGGCGAAAUAAGGGCGAGAAGCCCGAAGCGCUCAUCGUCGCCCUUCAAGCUGCCAAUGAAGACCUCAGAACCAAGCUCACCGACAUCCAGAUAGAGCUGCAUCAGGAGAAGUCCAAGGUGUCUAAGCUUGAGAGAGAGAAGACUCAAGAAGCAAAGAGGAUCCGUGAGCUGGAGCAGCGCAAGCACACGGUCCUGGUGACGGAACUCAAAGCCAAGCUCCACGAGGAGAAGAUGAAGGAGCUGCAGGCCGUGCGGGAGAAUCUCAUCAAGCAGCACGAGCAAGAAAUGUCAAGGACAGUGAAGCUGCGGGAUGGGGAGAUCCAGAGGCUCAAGUCGGCCCUGUGUGCUCUCCGGGACGGCAGCAGCGACAAAGUACGGACAGCGCUCACCAUCGAGGCCCGGGAGGAGGCCCGGAAACUGUUUGACGCGGAGCGCCUUAAGCUCCUACAGGAAAUUGCGGACCUGAAAACUGCCAAGAAGCAGGUGGACGAGGCUCUCAGCAAUAUGAUCCAAGCGGAUAAAAUAAAGGCUGGGGACCUUCGGAGCGAGCAUCAGUCCCACCAGGAAGCCAUCUCGAAGAUCAAGUGGGAGUCAGAGCGGGAUAUUCGGAGGCUGAUGGAUGAGAUUAAAGCCAAGGACAGGAUCAUCUUUUCCCUGGAAAAGGAACUGGAGACCCAAACCGGCUAUGUACAGAAACUGCAGCUGCAGAAGGAGGCUUUGGAUGAACAGCUCUUUCUGGUCAAGGAGGCCGAGUGCAACAUGAACAGUCCGAAACGAGAGAUUCCAGGAAGAGCAGGAGACGGCUCUGAGCACUGCGGCAGUCCUGAUUUGAGAAGAAAUCAAAAGAGAAUAGCUGAAUUGAAUGCCACCAUAAGAAAAUUAGAAGACAGGAAUACCUUGCUUGGAGAUGAACGAAAUGAACUGUUAAAACGUGUGCGAGAAACCGAAAAGCAAUGUAAACCUCUUCUGGAAAGGAACAAGUGCCUCGCCAAGAGAAACGAUGAACUGAUGGUGUCUUUGCAGCGCAUGGAAGAGAAGCUAAAAGCUGUGACAAAGGAAAAUUCAGAAAUGAGAGAAAAAAUAACAUCCCAUCCACCCUUGAAAAAAUUAAAAUCACUGAAUGACCUCGAUCAAGCUAAUGAAGAACAAGAGACAGAGUUUUUAAAACUUCAAGUCAUUGAGCAGCAGAACAUCAUUGAUGAGCUCACAAGGGACCGAGAAAAGCUCAUCCGUAGGAGAAAACAUAGAAGAAGUUCCAAGCCAAUUAAGAGGCCUGUUUUGGACCCAUUUAUUGGCUACGAUGAGGACUCCAUGGAUUCAGAAACGUCAUCUAUGGCAUCAUUUAGAACAGACCGAACACCAGCUACUCCUGAUGACGACUUGGAUGAAAGUUUAGCGGCUGAAGAAUCGGAGCUACGCUUUCGACAAUUAACAAAAGAAUACCAGGCCCUUCAGAGAGCAUAUGCCCUCCUACAGGAGCAGACUGGAGGCAUCAUCGAUGCUGAAAGAGAAGCCAAGGCUCAGGAACAGCUUCAAGCAGAGGUGCUAAGGUAUAAAGCCAAAAUUGAAGAUCUGGAAGCGACUCUGGCUCAAAAAGGGCAGGAUUCACACUGGGUAGAAGAUAAACAACUUUUCAUUAAGAGAAACCAGGAGCUUUUAGAAAAGAUAGAAAAACAGGAGGCAGAAAAUCACCGGUUGCAACAAGAACUACAGGAUGCCCGAGACCAGAAUGAGCUGCUGGAGUUUCGAAACCUAGAGCUAGAAGAAAGAGAGAGACGAUCUCCUCCAUUUAAUCUACAAAUUCACCCAUUCUCAGAUGGUGUGAGUGCUCUACAGAUCUACUGUAUGAAAGAAGGUGUCAAGGAUGUGAACAUCCCUGAUCUCAUAAAGCAGCUUGAUAUCUUGGGUGAUAAUGGGAACUUAAGAAAUGAAGAACAAGUGGCCAUAAUUCAGGCCAGCACUGUGCUGUCCCUGGCAGAAAAGUGGAUCCAGCAAAUCGAAGGAGCGGAGGCUGCCCUGCACCAGAAAAUGAUGGAAUUGGAAAGUGACAUGGAACAAUUCUGCAAAAUAAAAGGCUAUUUGGAGGAAGAACUAGAUUACAGAAAACAAGCUCUCGACCAAGCAUAUAUGAGAAUCCAGGAACUAGAAGCUACUUUGUACAAUGCUCUGCAGCAAGAAACCGUUAUCAAGUUUGGUGAAUUAUUAAGUGAAAAACAGCAAGAAGAGCUGAGGACAGCGGUAGAAAAGUUACGGCGGCAGAUGCUGAGGAAGAGCAGAGAGUAUGACUGUCAGAUUCUUCAGGAGCGAAUGGAGCUCUUACAGCAAGCCCAUCAGAGAAUUCGUGACUUAGAAGAUAAAACAGACAUCCAGAAAAGACAGAUAAAGGACUUAGAAGAAAAGUUUCUGUUUCUAUUCUUGUUCUUCUCUCUUGCCUUUAUUCUAUGGCCUUGAUGUCAAGGUGCCUCUUCAGAGUAACCGAAAACAUGGAUAAGACCCCAGAAAGGCAAAUGCCUCUAAACCUUCAAAGAUGGCAGAAAUGUUUACAACAGUGAGAGGGAGAUCAAAUGCUAAGAACUACCCUGUAGCCAGGACUACAACUGUGUAUUUUAAAGCCAUUAUUCAAGGUUUCUUACUUGACAGUUCCUACAUGACCCUGUUGAAAAUCUACAAUAUAUGCUGCAUUUAAUGAAACAUGUAUAUGUCAAACCAGAAGAGAAGAAGUAUAAACAUAUAUUGUGUAAAGAAAAAAAAUCAGCAAUGGAAACAGUUUCAGCAGAUCAAGGAAAGAUGUGUCUUGGGCAUGGAACCAAAGUUACAAAGAAACAUUCUACCCCUGCUGUGCAGGGGGAUCAUUUUAAUGUAACACUACACCCCAUGGAAACUCUAGUCCCGAAAUAAACAUUUUAAAAAAUCAAAACAAACAAACAAAAAACAAGGGAGGGUGGGGAAUGAAGCACGAGGAAUACCUAUGAGGAGCUAUUUACAAUAAAAUGUUUCAUUUGAAAAGUCUGGUUUCUUACUACAGGGAUUUGCUUUUUGUCUUUAUUGUUGUUUAAAACUCAGGAACAGAGACAUCUACAUUGUGAAUGGGAAGAAAAGCAGUCUCCCGUUGGUCUUUCUGCAAAAGGUGAAGCUUGUGGAAUGCAUUCCACAGAUGACAGAGGAUCACAGUGAGCCCCAACUAAACUGGCAACGAGGCGAGGCAAAGGA